AUGCGACGACGCACGCGCAAGAGCGUCAUCCAACUGGCCUUCUUCAUCGGCAUCCUGAGCCUCAUUCUCUUCCUCAACAAACCCCCGUCCCCCGGGCGGACAUUCGCCUGGACCAAAGUCACCUACCGGACCACCGCAUCCCAGUUCCCCGAACCCCGAGGGCUCUGUUCUGGACUCGAGGAAACUGACAAGCCGGCCCUCGUGGUCUCGCGGGUCACCAGCGAUGACUCCGCCUGGCUUGACGCGCUGCGCGAGCAGUACCACCUCUGCAUCUACACUGCAGAUGCUGCAGCACCGAAGAACCCGGAGGCCACCCACCUCCAGGUCCCGGCCAACCGGGGCCACGAGGCGAUGGGGUAUCUGACCUUUCUCAUCGACAACUACCACCACCUCCCGGCAGCGGGGAUGGUGUUCGUGCACGGCUCGCGCUGGGCCUGGCACAACGACCACCGGGAGUACGACAACGCCGCGCUCCUGGCCGCGCUGAACCUCACAUCCGCCCUGCAGCCCUGGGGGUACCACAACCUCCGCUGCGACUGGAGCGUGGGCACGUGUCCGACCACCCAGCCCGCCCAGGGCAGCCUGGAGCUGCGCCUGCAAUCCGUCCUCGAGCCGUGGAGCGCCCGCAUGGCCUCGGACGUGGCACUCCCGCGCGCGCUGGCCUCACUGUUCGGCCAUCCCGGCCGCAGCGCCCACGAGACCCACGCGCAGACGCAGGUCCUCCUCGGCCGCAACGACCCCGUCCGCGCGCAGUGCUGCGCCCAGUUCGUCGUCGCCCGCGCCAACGUCUGGCAGCACUCGCAGGACGAGUACAUCGCGCUGCGCCAGUGGCUGCUGGACGGCAUGCACGCGCGAGCCCCGAACCGUCGAGGAGCGAUGCCGGCGCCGGCGGACGAUCGCGUGGCCGGCCGCAUCCUGUCGUAUGUCUGGCAUAUCCUGUUCGUGAAGCAGAGCGCCGUCCGCCCCGACGGAGAAUUGGCCCCGGGGCUGGUGGAUCUGGAUCGGCUGAAUCGCGUGGCAUGUCCCAGUGCGCAGGAGUGUUAUUGUCGGCUAUAUGGGCGGUGCGGGUUGGAGAGAUGCUCCGUGGGAAGCUGUAAGGGGGAGUAUGUGGUGCCGCCGGAGUAUAAGGUGCCCGAGAGGGUGAUGAGGGGGUAG